AUGAACUGUCCAGAAGAGUGGCCCCUCCAUACAGUCUGUCUAUUACCGGAAUCUAAUAAGUAUGUAGUUCGUAUAUGUAGAGAGGUGAAGGAGGAAGAGAUCCAGACAGAAAACUAUCGUGUCGUUGUAAAAUAUGAGAGAGCAAAAUCUUGUGUACUUCCGGAACGAUGGAAAGAUUUUAAGGAGCAACAUAUAGGACCAAAACUGCCUCCCAGGAGACCAGAGCAACAAAAGCCAACAGCGAGUAACCAACAACAGACAUCACAGUAUGCCUGGCCACCAGGACCCUAUGGUGCUAUGUCUGGAUUUUAUCAAAACAUACCAGUGAAUCCUCAGGGAGAUGCAGAUCGCAUGCAAGAUAGUGGUGAUCAGAAAAUGAAACAAGGUGGUAUGCAUCAAAUGCAUAUGUAUGCACAAGGACAGAAAGAACAUGAACACCAGGAAGGUCAUCCUUUAAUUACGGAUCCGCAACAUAGUCCACAGCAUAACUUUCAGUUUGGCCUUGCUGGUCAUGGACAGUAUCCGCCAGGUUUUCCUAGGUUUGCAAUGCCUCCAAUACCCCCAAAUAUUCAGUCUGACCGACAUAAUGCUCCAGGAGGACGAAACGUGCCAUUUGGACAUGGAAUACAUAUGCCUGUACCUAUGUUUAUUGACCCUCAAACUGGCCAGAUGCUCCCAUUUCCUGGGCCAGGACUUUCUAAAAAAAGAUACCAGCAAGCUGAUAUGGGAGGACAUCGGCAGCAUUCUACCAGAAAACCUUCACCGCACAAUGGAGAAAAGUUCAAAGGCCAAACUCAAGAACAUGGAACAAUGAAUGAAGAAUCAGCUUAUAACAUAGAGGAACAAGAUAUGUCAGAAGAGACGCCAGCGAAAAUAACGGUCAGCAAACUUCCAUCAACUGUUGAUGAACCCUUCUUAGAAAUGUUUUUUGAGAAUGUGAAAAAAUUUGGCGAUGGUAUUACUGUUGUACAUGUCGAUUUGGAUGAAGAAGAUGCAAGUGCUAUUGUGCAGUUUGAUCAACCAGAAAGUGUUGAUAUCGUCCUUAAUAAAUGUCCAAUUAAAAUGAUGGGGAAAGAAAUUGAAGUGGUCGUAUACAAGCCAAAGCCUUCUGUUCCACUGUGCACUAUCGAAGUGACUGGUCCUCGCACUAUAGUGUGUGAAGAAGAGCUAGAGGUAUUGGAAAUGUACUUUGGGAGUAAAAGACAUUCCGGUGGAGGCGACAUAGAUGACAUCAAAUAUGACUCUGAAAUGAAUAUGGCCGUUAUUACAUUUGAUAAAGCAGAAGACGCUCAGAACGUAGUAGAAAGAGGAAAUCAUAUUAUAAAGAAAGAAAAACUGAAUGUUAGUCUGCAUAGUCCUACUGGACAGCCCAAAAAGGCAUACAAAACAGAAGAAGCUACAGAAAACAAGCCAGAUAAACCAAGAACAAUCAAAGUAAAAGGUGUGGACAAAUCUACAUCUAGAGAUACUGUGGAGUUUUACUUUGAAAAUCCAAGGCGGUCGGGAGGUGGAGAAAUCGUAAACAUCAGAAGUGAUGUAGAGGAACGGGAUGUUCUCUAUAUCACAUUUAAAAACAAACAGGACGCUAUUAAAGUAGUGGAAAGAGGCCAUCACAAAGUGGACGGCAAAGAGCUGAGUGUUUCGCUGUAUGUGACUCCAACACUGCCACCGACUUAUGAGAACAAGAUUCUUAUCAAAGGAUUAAAAUCAGACACAACACAUGAUUGUUUGUACAACUUCAUACAAGCAAAGACAGGAUAUAAACCAGAUUCCAUAUUCUGGCAUGCAGAACAAGAAGAUGUUGUCAUGGUUACCUUUAGUGACAACCAAGAUUUCCAGAAACUCGAGAAGAUAUUCGGAAAAACUGAAUUGGAAGGAGCUUCGCUGAAGGUUUAUCAAGUUCCAAUAUCUAGCUGUAUACUAGUGACUAACCUGCCGUCAGAAGUUACCAGAGACACUGUUGAGUUCUACUUUGAAAACACUCAAAAAAGUGGUGGCGGACAGGUUGAAAAAGUGGUGAUGAAUGAUGAUGACACUUGCCUUGUCUACUUUGCUGACUAUUCAUUAACUGAAACAGUCAUUGGUAGGAAACAUGUAUUAAGUAAACAACAAUUAGAAGUGAAACGAUACCAGGAAUGUCUAGGACGCCCUGAAGGAGAAGUCUGUAAAAGGAAACUAAAUCUACCUGAUCCUCUAUAUAUGACAGAUAUUUGUCCUCAGAAACAGAAAUGUUUAAAAGCUUCUAAAUAUUAUCGUGAAACUCUAGAGAAACAAUUGCAGAGCUGCCAUGCGCGUGUUGUAUUGCAUACAGAUGGUGCCGGCGUAACUUUGAAAUGUACUAUAUCAAAAGAUCUAGAGAACUGUUUUAAGCUGGUUAAAACAUGGAAAAUGGAGGCAGAGAAAUGUUUUGACAAUUUCUUAAACACAAUUGUUGUCCAUCAGAUAAGUGUUUUGCAAGAAAGUUGGGACGAAACAGUGGAACGGUUGGAGUCAAUUACAAGAAAUGGUCGUGAUGAUGUUGCGGUGCUUUUAGAAAAGAAUGAUGGAAUUGUAACAGUUGUUGGAAACAAACGCCCUGUUGAAAAUGUUGCAAAGAGCAUUUACGAAAUAUUACAGAAAAUCGCCGAAGAAGCUCAAAUAGUUAAGGAAACUUUCAAUAGUUUAAAAUCUUUAGAGACAAGAUUGCUUCUUGUUAACAAAUUUCCGACUAAGGUUGUUGAAAUGUUUCCAGAAGUGAAAGUAAAAAUCAAUCAAGAGAAAAAUGAAAUAUUGUUUGAAGGGUCUAUAGCAAAUGUACGCGAUGCCAAGUUGAAAUUGUAUGAAACGAAAAGCAAAUAUGCGCAAAGGUCUCUUGAAAACAUAUCAACACUUUCAGGAGGACUUCUUAAAGCUAAGCAGACAAAAGACUAUAUUGUGAAAAAAAUGAAAAUACAACAGGUGACUGGAGUUUGGGAAAUACAGGGUCAAGCACUGGUAAUUAUCAGUACAUCAGAACAAACAAUUGAUCUAUGUAUAAGCAUAAUCCGUGAAUCAAUUAAGGAACAAUGUAUAGGAUUAACAAAAUCAUCUGCGUCUGUUAUGAAUUCAGAGGCCUGGCAGUAUAAGGUAGAAGAAUGGCACUCUCUGUAUGCUGGAAAGGCACACAUUGCUGUUGAUGAUUUCAUGACUAAAGUUGAGAUUUGUUCUACAGAUGAUAUCGCAAACGAACUUUUAGAUAGCGUGAAGAUUUUUUUGGGUUCCAACACAGUAUUAGUGGAAAACAUACCUUGUAACAAACAUCUGCACAAACUGAUAGAAAAGCACUACAAAAAUGAAAUCAGUCAAAUUUGUAAACAGUUACAGAGUUACCAUGUAAGCAUAACUUUCUCAGAAUAUAAUGGAUGUAGGAUAUGUGGCACUGAAGACGGAAUUAUCAAGUCAAAAAAAUUACUAAACAAACUGUUUGAUAGAGUCAAGCAAAAAGAUCGCACAGUAGCAAAACCAGAUUUAGUUAAUCAAAUGACAACGCAUUGCAUUAUGGACGAUUUCAGUGCUACAGAAAGAUCCAUUCCUCAUGUCAUAUCAUUGAAAGAUGGAUGGGACAAAGAGCAAAAUUGCAAUACUUUAACUACAAUCAAUGAAAAAAGAAACAAAAUCAAGGUGAAAGCUAGCUGUAAAGCGUAUGACAACAGGAAAGUGUACACCGCAGUAGGUGACAAAGCUGACAUGCCUGUACAAGUCCUCGUAAGUGCUGCUGAUGAAACAAUAAGUCUCAGUGAGGGCCUUGGGAAAGCAUUGACUUUAAAAGAAAAACUGAAAGCCGAUUAUAUUGUUCAUGUUAUUGGUCCGGUUUGGAGGGGCGGAGAGAACAAUGAGGAAGACAUGUUGGAAGAGGCGGUAUUUAAAUGUAUGCAGCAAGCUUCUGAAAAGGGUGCGACAUCAAUGGCAAUACCUGCUAUCAGUUGCGGUGCAUUUGAAUAUCCAGUUAAACAGGGUACCAGAACAAUAGUCAAAGCUAUGAAAAACUUCUUUAAUGAAGUCCAAGAGAGCCAUAUAUCAGAUAUAUAUCUGUGUGAUGUGAAAUGUAACACAGUCGAUAGCUUCACGGACGCCUUAAAAUCGGAAUUUGGCAACAUACAGAUUGUGGAUGAGUCUGAAGAGGAAGAUAAUGGAUCAUAUUUAGGCUUAUCCCCACAAUACAGAUCAGUCUACUAUUCACGCCAACAAAUGGCAGAAAUGGGUAGUGAUGAUGUGCAUGAUGAUGAGUAUUACACAAGCUCAGUACCAGCACCAUCAUACAAGAACAAGAUUCUUAUUAGAGGAUUAAAGCCAACCACAACACAGGAUUGUUUGUUCAACUUCAUAGAGUCAAAAACAGGAUCUAUACCGGAUACAAUGGACUAUCAUGCAGAACAAAAAGAUGUUGUCAUGGUUACUUUUACUGAAAAUCCAG